AUGAGGUGGCUUAGGGCGCUUGGGGCUCUUGUGCUAGCGGCGACGCUGCUUGCCUCCACCCAGCCCUCCUCGGUGGUGAAUAACAAGAUGAAGGGGCUUUAUCAGUUUUUCCACUUUGCUGGAUCCUCCCAUGUCGUCAGCAUCGACUACUACCCAGAAGACAACAAACUAUGGAUGCUGUUCGACGACGGCGAGUCUUUCAAGCGAGUAAGCAAUGUCAAGAAAGUGUCUGACGUGAUAAUGGACACCUACAACAGCUCGAGGGCGUUUGUGUUUACCAGAUACGAGAUUUUCAUCACCCACGACCAAGGCAAACACUGGACGAAAUUGGAGCUUCUCGAGAAAAAGGAAGACUUACUUUUUGGGAAAGUGCAUUUUAAUGCUGACAAUUCCAACUACAUCAUGGUGUCGUUCCUAGAUCCUGAGUCGCACAAAGCCCGUGACAAUGUCUACUUUUAUACCACCGAUGGCGGCUACCAAUGGCAGCGAUUGGAUACUGAAACCCCGGUUGAAACAUGUCUAUUUCUUAAGUCGCUGAAGCAGUUUAAGGGAGGUGUGACCAGCAGUGUGGUGUGCAACACCGCUGACGGUGUUGUCAUCAGAAGCGACGACUGGUUCCAGCUGCACACUGAGUACUUUAUCGCCAAGAACUACGAUGUGGAAUAUAUGCUGGUUGAGCUGGAGUUUUUUGUGGUGGAAGUGCUGUACUAUAAAGCUGAAAAUGACGAGUAUCGGACGCUAUUGGUCCUGACUCUGGGCGAUGACUUGGAGGAGCUGGGCCUACGCAUCCCGUGGCUCGAUAUCAUCUCGCUGACUCCUAGAUUGGUUGUUGGGGUAGCUAGCUCACUUUUCGCUCUGAAUCUGGCGGGGGUCUCCUUCACUGAGUUUACAAACACCUCAGCCAUCGAGAACCCCACCAUCAAAGGCCAGUUGUUUGCUAACUUCAAGAAAGAGAACGGGACACGCACCAUGUUUUCUGUUGACAGUGGCCACAGCUGGAGUGACAUUACUCCUGAAACCUUAGCUCUUGAUCUUCAGACGAUUAAAGCUACCGAUAGUGGGAUCCUUGCCGCCAAUGGUAGAGAUGACAAAACCCCCAAGUUGUGGGUACUGCGUGACGGAGGCAUGUCUUGGAAAUCAGCUGUUGACGAGCUGUGUGAGGUUGAGUUUAUUGACGAGGGAAAUGUCAUUGUCGCCGUGCCCACCAAUCUCAAUAAACGGAUUUAUUACUCACUUGAUCACGGGGACGUGUGGGAAACUGCUGAAUUUGACAGCGAAAUCACCGCAAAAAUCAACCUUUUCAGUCUGAACUACCAUGUCUGUAUCACAGGGGACUCUGGCUACAGUGCAUUUGAAUACGGUGCAUUUGACUUUACAAAUAUCUUCAACGGGGUCCAGUGUGGAGACAGCGAUACUGAAGAGGUCUAUGCUUGGACUGAUGGAAUUUCUUUGAACGGACAGCGCCCAAGAUUUACUCGAAGAAAGGCCUCGGCACAGUGUUUUAUGAAACCCAAUUCAAACCUCAUUGAGUUUGAGCCGUCUCAGUGCACCGACGUUGAUUUCGAGUGUGCCUCCGGGUUCAAGCUUUCUGGGAACGGCAGUUGCAUAGUUGAUGCUGACGAAAUGACUAUGUUGUGCGAGGGUUCCGAUUCUAAACGGCUUCCAAUCAAGAGCAAAGUUGCGGGGAACCAAUGCCAGCUUGGCAAAAAGUCGAACGAUGACUUCAUCAAGUAUUUAAAUGUCAAUUGUUCUCGGUAUCGUCUGGAAAAGAAGAUCACAUCACACCGCACAAGGAUUCCAGGAUCAAUUGACAAGUACAUUGUCAGAUUCAAUGAUGUGGUUGUCGUUAGUGAUGGCAUCGUUUACGUCAGCCACGAUGCUGGUGAGACGUUCAAGUCAUACGAAACUGACGACACACUUGUGGGCAUCCACCAUGACCUGCGCUCAAACUCCAUGGUGCUUGCUGGGCUGAACAGUACCUACUUUUUGGAUGUCGAUGCUGACAAUUUCACCAAAAUCGAGGCACCACUGAGAUACGUGAAGGACAAGAGCACCGUUCUCUUUUAUAGGACAGAACAAUACAAGUCCAAAUAUGACAUAAUCUGGUCAAGUUGCGAGUCUGGUGAUGGUCGUGAUGUCAUGGACUUGUGGUAUUCGAAUGAUUAUGGCGGCAAUUUCAAGAAGAUCAUCCUGGGAGUGGAGCAGUGUCAAGUAUACCACGACUAUAGGGACGAAGCGAUUAUCUGUAUGCGACCGCAAACGAAUUCGACAAGAAAGGAGCUUGUGGCAUCGGGUGAUCUCUUCAAGAAUGUCAGUGUGCUCGCUGGAGAUGUUGUUCAGUAUAAGAUCAAUGACGACCAGAUUCUCGUUGAGACGUGGGACAAUGCUAGGGAUCAACUGGAGGUUGAGUAUUGUAAAUUAUCCGUGGGUAAGGGGGAAGUGUCACUUUACGAAAACGAUGAUGAGCGAGGCACCAUGGCGGAGGCGGCAGUUUUGCUUGACUCAGUAGCUAAGCUAUAUUUCAGAUCUGGAGGCAAUGGUCUGGCGGACAUCCUUGACGGGCGAAAUGGCCGCGUAAUGCUAGCUUCUGUCAACUACGAACACGACCAGAUUGACUUUCUCCGGUCAAACGUGUGGGAGCAAACUUUGAUUGCCAACCAAGCUGUUUCGCCAAAGAGAUUACGGACAAUGGUGUCUCGCAACAGUGUUUCUGAGUGGACCACUAUUAAAGCUCCGUCCGCUGAUUCCUUCAACAGAACAUAUAACUGUUCCUCUGAGUGCUACCUCCAUUUCGAAAGCGAUGUGUUUAGACAAGCACUCGACCCGACCAUUGGUUCCACCGGGGGGAUGAUGGUGGCCACCGGGAGCGUUGGUGCCUACUUGGACAGUGGCGAGAUUGCGACGUUUAUGCUGGCUGAUGGCGGUGAUACAUGGAGGGAAGUGGGCAAAGGCCGCAAGCUUUGGGCUUUUGGAAACAAGGGGCUGGUGGUGGCGUUAGCCAAUAAAGACCUGCCUUCGGGGGAACUUGAGUAUUCAUUGGACUAUGGUGAUUCGUGGCACCGGUACCAGUUCCUGGACUUGCCGGUGAUGGUAAACCACUUAAACGUGUCUCAUGUCCCGGGCAAAGGGAACCUGAUGCUCGACUUUAUCCUCGACGUGGAGCACGAGAAGCAGCAUGAGAUUGUUAAGGUAAACUUUAACCGCUUGUUCAGCUACGAUUGCCGGAUCCAGGAACACGAGAAGUGGAAGCCCCGCAACCGGCUCGAUGGGUGCCGAACCCGGAACCGAAGGGCUCGCAACAGCAUGUGUGCCGAUAGACAAGAGUUCCGUUUUCGCGUGGAAAGGUCUCGGGAUGGUUGUGUGUGCACCAGCUACGACUAUGCCUGUGAUUCUGGGUACGAACGAGACACUGACGGUUUAUGUAAACUAAAGCCAGGGGCCGUUCGUGACGAAUCCAGAAUAGCAUGCAAUUUCGGUAAGUAUUACUUUGAAAAGACAGGGUACACAAAGUUGCUGGCUCUGCAUUGUGUUAAUGCUACCCUCCCUUACGAAGGGGAACCGAAGGCGUGCCCUGCGACUGAGAACUUUCGCCAUGCCCCGUGGUUUAUUGCCACCAUCACCGUGACCAUGUUUUUGGCGCUACUGGUGAUUGUGCUCUGUCUCUGGUUCUUGUACCGCCGAGGGAUCAAGCGCAACGGCGGCUUCAAGUUGAUGUGGCAGUGCUAUCUCGACAACAGAUUGAGUCUUGUGGAGAAUGGCUACAUCGAUAAGGUUGUGAAUGCCAUUAUCAAGAGUGGUCUUUUUGUGGGCAAAGGAGUCCGGGGGGCUUGCAAAUGGCUUAUCCGAGGUCUCAGCAAACCUUUCAGUUUCGUGUCAAAGCGGCAAUCGCCAGUGUUAGACCACGAACGGCCUCCCGUCGAGGAAGACGUGAGGUUUUCCGGAGACGAUCCUGUCACUACUGUCUACCACGAUACCGCCGAAGCGUCCUCCAAAGUAAGCAAGUGA